AUGUUUACGCUUUUCCAUUCUGUCUUACUAUGUGUUACUUUCCUACCAUUAUAUCAAACAAUAACGUUUUUCGCGCUGCCAUCAAAUGUCACUCUGUCCGGAUCUUAUCUCAAAUUAUCUUGUUCCUCUGAAAACCAAAUAUUUCCAAUUAUUUGGAGUCAUAACGGCAAUGAUAUAGCAGAAAACUGCCGGUUUUAUAUAGAAAAUCAUCGUUAUAUAUGCAAUAGACUUAACGAUGUAUAUGAAAUUUACAUACCGAACGUUAAAUUUGAGGACAGGGGUAACUGGUCUUGUGCUCACGGGCCAAAAUCCCAAAAAGCUAUUAAUAUGAUGUCUUGGCCGCUGUUACAACAAACGACGCAGUUACCGGUGUACGAACAUGUCAAUCUCAGUUGCAGAAACUUCUGUGUGAAAUGGACUGAAGUCAAUGCUUCAGUUUAAUGAAGAUGUGUUCAAUAAAUCUCAUUUAAUGCUCAUCAAUGCAUUGAAAGAACACAUGCUCAAACAAUAGAAUCCGGAAUCUCACUCAAAAGUUAUAGACAUAUUUAACAAGAUAACUGAUAUAUUUCCUGAUGUAAUGAGAAACAGUUUUGUAAUUGAGGAAGAGGCCAACGAAUUCUUUAAUAAUGUUGACUCUGGGCAAUGUUCAAAUGUUCUUUCAUUCUAAUUAUCCAGUCACUUCGAGUGAAAUUCAAAAUCAUGGUGAGACAAAUGUUUAAAUGAAUCAAUUUCUCAUCAAAUUUCUAACUAUGUCAUAUCAAAUGCUAUCUUAAUGAUUCAUUAGUUUCAAACGGAGUUCUUAAUGAAUUUGAGAAAAUAUUUCAAAUGGAUCAAAUUCUGGUGAUAUCAUAACAAACGUUGCUUGUUCUCACAAUACACUCGUUUAUGGUGAAAACCUUAGUCAGUAUGAAGCACAAAUUCUCAAUGGGUUCAAAUCUAAUUAUAAUUCUGAUGGACCAAGAGCAAAUGUUAUUUAUCUUCACAAUGCAUUCACUCUUUGUCAGUGUGAGAAAAAUGUUUCAAAUUAGUCAUAGGCUGGUCACAUUUCAGAUGUCAUUGUAGCAGAUGUUGGGUGCUCUCACACCUCAUAUAUGCCACAUGAAAUCCCUCCUCAGUGCUAUGACAAAUUGAUUGGCAUAAGUGUUUGUGAAGCAGUCGCGAAACCAGAAUGCCAGGAGUGACAAAAGGAUCCAUCAACCUCUGUUUACCCACAUGCCCUAAUAGGCACAUAUAGUGAAGAUGCUAGUAGUGAUAAACCAGUUCAGGUCAAUAAAGUUACAUUAUUAGUAACAUGGGUGCAUGAAGAUUCAACAUGAGGGAGGGAGAACUAUAUGUGCAUUGAAAGAAGGAGCAAACCAUAGAAGUCAGAAGGUUAAAUACAUGUUUUUUCAAAUGAGGCUGAAAAAAACCAACUGAAGCUGGAACAUGAAUAUGCGACCUGCCGAGAUCUCAGUGAGUACACAAAAAAGAGCAACAACCUUUCGAACAGAAUCUCCACAGGAAACUCAUUCUUAUGUAUUCUAAUAAAAGAAAGGGAGGUGAUAUGACGUGAAGAAAAGUCGAAAUUACUUUCUUUUAUUCAUUGUGCUUUCGUGUUCAACAUUACUUCCGUUUUUCAAUUCAAUAUGAUGAUUACCCAGUGUAAUAUUUGUUUUAUUUUCCAGGAUGAUAUCUUAUUCUGUAAUGCGUAAAAUUAACAUGAACUAUACUCGGUAUGAUAUUUGUUUUGUCAUAACUCCAAGUUUUUUCAUAUGUAUAUGAUUUCACCGUAACUAUUAAUCAAAAUGGGUGUACAAAUCAACAUAUAGAUGAGUGUAUUUUCGACUAGGGUCGCGGUGUUUUGGGGUUAAUAAAUCUUUACUUGUAUCAGUCUUGGUGUUCUUACUUCGCGUCAGUGGUUCCUCUUUUACAAGUAAAGUAAUAGGCGAUUCUGACGCAACAUUUAGCGACGACCGACAUAACACAAUCUACUCAUGUUAAAUUUCCCUGAACACUAAUUCCUUUGUGUCCUACCAUGCCGAAUAGGUUGGCUGGAGAAGAAUAAAAAUAGGAGCGACAACGUAAUAUUCGGAGGCAGAGUUCUACCACUGAGGGUACCGUAGUCUGACGACAGUGACAUUUAACAAACAGAACAUCUGAUCAUACCCUGUGGAUUGAAAGCGCCUAGGAUAAGACAUUUAAAGUACAGAGCUAACACAUCAAGAACUUUUGACAUAAAAUCCGUACGCAAGCGCCUUCAGACAGAUGGCUCUUGGCCUCUGGGAUCAUUUUUUAAAGUCUCCAUGACAGCUAAUAGGCCAGUUUCCUUCUUAAGCACCUCAAGACGUAUCCUUCUCAAGAUUGAUAACCAAGAUAUGACGACAACAACCUAUAUAGCUCUGACAGUACUUUAGAUCACAUUGAGGGACACUGGAACAAACCAUAGAAUAAUACCUUUUCGACAAUUAAAACAAAACUUGUAUUUGUUUAACAUCUCUACAUUACCAUAUUAUUAAAAAUGUCUAAUUUUCUUGUUAUUGCCAUUUGGUUCAUUUUCUAUAGUAAAAGCAGAUGUUUAUCCACCG